CUCCAGUCCAUCCCCAGAACCUUCUCCGGGGCGCCACCGCCCUCGGAUUCGGACAUGGCCAGCCGCAGCUGCGCGCACGCCGACCGCAGGCUCUCCUCGUUGAUGCUCUCCAGCUCGCCCUUGUUCGUCAUCGCCGCUCCACCUGCGGUACCCACCGGAGCUUUUGAGAUCAACCAAUGCAAGAGAGGCGUAGAGGCACACAUGGAAAGGAGGCAUGUCGUGGCGGACAGCGAAAGAGUGUACCUAGCUUGACGAUGCAGCGGACGGUGGGGCGUCGUGGGGCUCGGCUGCUCCUGCACCGCCUCUUCUGCCAUGGAUGCUUCACUCCUGCAGUCUGCAACAGCCGAAGCGGAGGGGGUCCCAGAGCGACACGGGAAUCUGAGAGCCGCGCCGCGCCGCGUAGUGUGGUGGACAGUGGACUGGUGGUGGGGGCCUAGCGGGGCAUCCAGUUCAGACCUGCCUUGAGCACCGUUGCCCCAUCUGCCGUCGGAUGGUUAUUUCUAUUAAUCUGGGCCGUCCAAACUGGGCACUUCAGUUCCUUUUACUUCCUCUUGUCUGUAGUCCCCGUUCCCCUAACUCCGCCUGCGCGGCUGUGCUGCAGUCGCCCCGAACCCAUCGCCGGCCACGUUGAGGUAUACAAUGAGGCUGCUGCAGGCGGAAGAGCUAUUCCAGAAGGUUCUGGAGGGUGGAUCGAAGACGAAGGUGGCUCGGCUGCUCGGGCUCGACGUUGGCAGCAAGUACGUUGGGCUGGCCGUCUCCGAUGAGAAGAACAGGAUUGCUUUGCCUCUGAGUGUCUUGAGUCGGACAAAGACAAACAUCAACUUGAUGGCAGAUGAUUUCAAAACAUUGGUAUGCUUGAAAUAUUCCCUAGCUGGGUUUGUUGUGGGCUAUCCAUUCAACCUUCAUGGUCAACACAGUCCAAAUGCAGUUCAAGUAAGGCUUCUUGCUGGAGAACUUUGUAAAACAGGGAAACUUGAUGAUCUGUGCUACACAUAUUGGGAUGAAAAUUUCACCUCAAAGUGUGUUGAAGCCCUCUUACAUCCUCUCAAUCUAAAAAAUCGAGAUGAGGCCAAAACAAUUACAGAUAAAUUUGCUGCAGUUUGCAUACUCCAGGGUUAUCUUGAUAACAUGAACAGAAAAUUCAGACCUGCUGACAAGUCUGAAGCAUAAGGUGGCACCUAAUCUCCCGCGAACUAAACCAAAAGAGCAGGGGGUCAUCUUCUGGUAGGUCUGAUUUGUUCAGAGUUUUGGGAGCUUGUUCUUGUCAUUUUGGUUAUUUACAUGGUUUCGAUGUGCUUUUGCCACUCAAAUAUUCUGUAUCCUUGCUCGCUUUCUUUGAUGUGUGGUCAUGAGAGCACUUCCAUCUUUGAGAAAUUAUGCAGGUUUAUAUGCUUAUUUGCA